UGCAAUACAAAAAUAAGCAAUCUCAUUUUCGCGGUUGUAAAUAAUAAUUCACACUUGUUAUCUGUUUGUGUAUUUAGGUUCUAAUUAAAUUAUAAUUUAAUGAACUACAACUAAAAUGGAAAUUACAAGGAAGAACUUUGUCGAACAAUUCGAUAACAUAAGUAAAAACUUGAAGAAGUCUUGUUUUGUGGGCUUCGACGCGGAGUUCACGGCCUUAUUAUCAGGAGAGUGCUUCAAACACCGGUUAUUUGAUACAAAUGAAGAACGAUAUGACAAAAUAAAAUCUGAAGUGGGUAGAAUGAUAAUGACCCAAGUGGGAUUGACAAUGUUCCAGUAUGACCGCGAACAUGAUACAUACGUAGCUACGGGAUAUACGUUCCAUCUCUGUCCGCAGGCAUUUGGAGAUGUAGACCAGUCUUUUAUAUUCCAGGCUUCCACACUCAGGUUUCUUUGUAGGCACAACUUUAACUUCAACAAGUUCACAUAUGACGGUAUCCCGUACCUCAGCAAAGCAGAGGAGGCCCAGGUGCGGAAACACCUUGCUGACAACAUGAUGUUCAAGAACCUCACCCGCAUGCUAGAGAUGGAGGAUGAGAAGCUGCUGCAGAGCCAUUGCUCUGACGUUUCUAAAUGGUUGAGUGACAAAGAAGAAGACACUAUGUAUAUAGAUGUAGCGAGUCCAGUGCUCCGAUACGUCCUCCACAAUGAGAUCAGGCUGCGCUUCCCAGAGGUCCUCACCACGGAUAGCCUAGGUAAUAGUAACAAGGUAUUAAUAUACAAAGAUAAAUACGUAGAAGGCGCAAACAACGUUCCGCUGGCCAUUCUAGAAGAAAACCUCAUGAGCCACCUACUGGGCUUCUCUCAAAUCAUCUCAAUCCUUGAGCAACAUCAAAAACCCAUCGUCGGCCACAACAUAUUCAUAGAUACAGUGCUACUCCAUAAUCAAUUUAUAGGACCGUUGCCUAAGAAAUAUUCAACAUUUAAAAACAAUAUUCACAAGAUGUUUCCGAAUAUGUUUGAUACCAAAUAUAUUUCUCAUGUUAUGGCUAAGAAAUUGUCGUAUGAUGAAGUGUGGAAAUCAAAUGCAUUACAAGACCUAUAUGAAUUCUUCUCGGAAGCGAAAUGCAAGAAAUUACAAAGUGGGGUAAACCUUAUAAAGCUGAGUACGCCAUUUGAUGUGCAGCAAACUUACCAUGAAGCGGGGUGGGACUCUUAUUGUUCAGGCUACUGCUUCACCCGGCUCGGGCACUGGGCGGCGUGCGAGAACAUCGGCAAGUUCCGGCCGGUGGGGCCGGCGGAGGCGCUCGCGGCGCUGGCUCCUUACAGCGGCAAGGUCAACGUCAUACGGGGCGCUAUUCUGUAUAUGAACCUAGAAGGUGAUGACCCACCGCGCCAGCGGCCCGACUGGCUGCACGUCAGGGCCCUGAAAGAACGGGUGCUUAACGUCGAAAAGUUGGCUUCACUGCUGGCCGGACUAGGAUCUGUAGAUGUGAAGCCGCAUGACAGUCGCUCAGCGUUGCUUGCCGUCGCUACGCAGUACACAGCUGAUAAAAUCCUGCGUCAGUUCCGAGACAGCCGAGAGUAUAAGAUAUCGAUGUACAACGUAUACAGACACUCAAAACGGGCGCGGGUAGCAGUGUGGAGUAGUGCCAUCAUCACAGGUAGCCUGAUGCUAUAUAUUUUCCACAAGAGUGUAAAGGGGUAAUGUGCAGGUAUAAAUUAAAUAACGUCUAAAUACCUACUGUUAUGAUAAAAACCGACUUGCCUUGAAAUGUAAUAAUUAUAUGUUACGCAUCAAUUUAAUAUUUUUCAAAGGUAGCGUGAAAUAGUUAAUUUUUAUGUUAUUCCGUCA